CAUCGGUACUGUGAAAAUCGGGAAGAAAAACUCGAGGAUUUCCCACGCGCGCGCGUGGCUCAAAGCUCGCUGAGUUAUUACUGUGGUAUAGCCGGAAAGGGAGGAGAACGGAGAAGAGGGGCCUCACCUGCUGCUACUCCAGGGACAGACUCCUCGACCCACUCAGCCAGGUCGGAGCGCGGGUUGAGACGCAUUGUUUUCGACGCCACCAGCCAGAAGAGCUCAUCCCGCGUCUGAGGAAAAGUUCUUUGGAAGAGGAUAUCGUUGGUUUCGCAGUGGGACCAUUUUUUGCGGAACAACUUCAGGACGACGACUUCGACUUGGAGAAGAUCAACUUUGCCCGGAAAACGAAAGGAUUAUUCUUGAUAUUGUCACUUUUGUUGCACAAACACAGACGAUUGCGCGUUCGUCUUUCGUAGAAUGUGAUUAUCUUGAAACGAAUCGUGGAAUUGUUUGUGAAGAAUUUAACCGAAGAAAAGCUCAAAGGGAAAAGUUUGCCCAGAUUGUUCUGGUCACGUGCCAGAAUGAGGUGGCAAAUGUAAUAAAUCUAAACCAUAACAGAAGGGAAAGUGAGAGAAAGUGAAACUUCAAAGCUCAGUUUUCCUGUCCUGCUGGAAUGUGAUGAAUUCUUUAACAAGCAAACAAAAAUAAGGCAACGUGGUUGAAACGAGAAAAACGACGAGGAAAAUCAAAAAUGAUGAUGAGGAAAAAUCACGUUCGCAGCGGGGCCUGACUUUUCUGGUUGGAAUUUAAUACAGUGAAGCGUCCAACUGGGAAAAGGAAUAUCGUUUCACCGUUGACGGAAAAAAGUCGUCGAUGGACCGAGCCCUCUGUGUGUGUGUGACUUGUAUUUGGAAUUUUAUUUUGGUGAAUGACUUCAAAAGAUCGUUCUCUUUUUCUGGCGGACCGAAAAAGGUCGUCGAUCGGUACAACUAAUUGACCCAAACAGUGGAUUCCAAUCUACGUGCUGAAUUAUUCAUGAAGUAAUAAGUAACUGCCUAUUGAAUCCCUAAUUUGUGCUAACAAUUGAUCUGUGUUAAGUGGAAUCGAGUGUGACAGAGCAGUACAGAGAGUAGAAAGUAUGCUGAACAAAACGAAUUCAAAAAAGUGCUUAAAGCUCAGCUGGCUGUGACGGCGAAGUUUAAAAGCUCAAUCUAGAAUGCCAUGCCAGUGCUCGGCGUCAAUGCCGGCGAAGAAUGGAUGGAAUUCGAUAGGAUUUCUCACUUAGACGAAGACCGAACCUCGUAUGAGCAUUCCACAUAGUAGGCUACGCUCACACCCACACGCUCACAGCCCGAUACUCAAGCACUGAAACGUGAAAGUCUAGUUUAGAGUAAGAUAAGAGGGAGAGAGAAAGAAAAAAAAAGUUAUUUCGAGUGUCGUGAGUUGGAGGAGGAAGCAUGCUGAAGGACAAGGAAGAUGAACAGGAAAUAUGUAAAGCGCCAUCACCCUCAUCGGAGGAAAGGAAGCACUCCAAGGAGGUCGAGCUGGACCCGGUGGGAUCGCAGAGAGUGUUCAAGAAGACCUCCUCGAACCAGCUACUGACGCUUUACCUCGGAACUCGCGAGCUGGUGGCCCGCAAGGGCGUCAUCGAGCCGCUGCGGGGCGUCAUCUACAUCGAUCCGAAAAUCAUCGGCGAAGCCAAGAUCUACGGCCAGCUGACGCUGACCUUUCGCUAUGGCCGUGAGGACGAGGAGGUCAUGGGUCUUAAGUUUUGCAAUGAAGCCAUCAUCGCCUUACAACAAAUUUGGCCUCGAAUCGUGGGUACGGAACCGGAGGUGCUAACCCCCUUACAGGAAGCUUUACUGGAUAGACUGGGCAAAAAUGCAGUUCCUUUCGCGCUGGAGAUCGGCACGCUGGCCCCGCCGAGUGUGCAGCUGCUGCCGGCCAAACGGUACACCGGGGCGCCCAUCGGGACCAGCUACGACGUGCGGGUUUACACGGCCGAGGCCGCCCUGGACGAGCGGGUCCAACGCCGGUCGACUGUGAGAUUAGGUAUAAGAUUAAUUCAUAAGAUCUGCCCGGACUCGACGGCAAAGGCAUCCGUCCUGGAGACGGCCACCGUCAACUCGUGCACGGCGCAGGACCCGACCCCGGCUGGAUUUGGUCCAAAGUCACCCCCGAUCACGGUGGACUCGCCGAGCAACAGCAGCUGCAGCACGGCCACGAAUCCGGCGACAACGCCGACCAGUACGGCCAACACCGCCGUGGCCAACACCGGAACCACCACCACCGGAAGUGUCAAUAACAGUACCAUUCCCCGGUCCUUGCGGCUCCGGCUGUCCCCAAAGUCCCUCAAGCUGACGUCUCUGCACCGGCACAGCAGCAGCGUGGACAGCAGCAACGGGGGCAUCAAGUCCUUCGGCGAGCACGGCAUCAUCGAGCUGACGGAUGUCAACAAGGGUCCCCAGGUGUCGGUGGACAAACCCUUCCUGUGGGCGGACGGCCGGGUCAACCUGAAGGCGUCGCUCAACAAGGCCGCGUACGUGCACGGCGAGAACGUCACCGUCACGCUCGACAUCAAGAACGAUAGCCGGAAGGUGGUGCGCAAAAUUCGGCUCGUGGCGGUGCAGCACGUGGACGUGUGCAUGUUCAGCAAUGGCAAGUUCAAAAAUGUCGUCGCCGAGGUGGACGUCAGCAAACACAUUGGCCCGGGGGACACCCUGCACGCCUCGUACUCGCUGCUUCCGGUUAGAGGCACGACCAAGAACUGGAUAGCGGUCGAGGGUGCGCUCUUCAGCAGCAACUACAACGAUCCCAGCGCGUCGGCCUACAACUCCAAGCUGGCCACCAGCGCACCGCGGGGACUCAUCACGGCCCCAACGACCACCACCUCCUUGGCCGGUUCGUCCGAGGCAGAAAAGAACGUGUUUGCCAUCUACGUGUCGUACUACGUGAAGGUGAAGUUGGUGCUGAGCAGCAUGGGCGGCGAGGUGUCGUUGAAGCUUCCGUUUGUGCUGGGGAAUGUGGAGUUGAACGAGCCUAAUGGUAACAGUACGACGUUGAGCGGGCUGAAGAAGUUGAAGGAGUUGAGUAGGAAAGCGAGUUCGGUGACCAGUAAUGGGGGAGGGGGAAGCUUUGACCUUGGUCCGCGAUCGCCGCUGACCAAGGAGAUUAGCAUGCGAGGAUCGGACGACGAGUCGGAACAGGCGUCGCUCAUCCAGCGAAACCAGCAGAACAAGUGGUCCUGCUCGUUGUCUUCGCCGAUGCGAAAGCCGGAAACGCCUUCGCCAACGAAACCCUCGACGACGACGACGACGAAGGACUCGACGACCAACAACCGGCGCGAGCUGUUCAAGAACUCCAAGUUCAACGACAACCUCAACAGUACAAUCGAUGUGAUAACCGAAGACUUCCAGACCCUCACGGCCAACAUCAGCAGCCUGAUCAAGUCUGACUCGAGCAAGUCGCUCCUGAACGAAUCCGGCCAGCAGGAGAUCAGCGUCGAGGCGCAGAUCCACUGUCAGGCGCAGCAGACGACGCCCUCCACCACGAUGGACGACGCGACGACCGGCAGCAGCCCGGCGCUGGUCCAGCAGAAUUGAUAAUCAGAACACAGAACUAGAAGUCAAACCAAAGAGCCAAAGAUAGUCGGGUGGAACCGACGACUUUACAAACUACCCGCAGAACGAUGCGUAUAUCGAGUACUUUCUACCUUUUUACUAAACUCUGGUCAACCUGCUGGUUAGCGUUGAAUGUUCAUAUACAAAAACUAAAAACUAAAUAAAAUAAACAAAGAAACGGUUUUAUCCUGACUAUACCAAACUUAAGCGUUUAGCGUUCGGACUGCAGCAAAAAAAAACAAAAGAGACUCUAUAGCCAUUAUUUAGGAAAUAACAAACUGCACACAUAAUUUGUCACUACUAUAUUAGUAAUACUAACGCAACUAUUACAUAAAAAAAGUACAUUUAAUAUACAGGAGCACCCUAUUUGUGAUGUUGACUUAAAACCCUGCAACUGAAUGUGUCUAUUUUGUACAUGAAGAUGAUGACGAUGACGAAGUGUAGAAUCACCUAUUAGCUGUUAAGUAGUCGUACGACGUAGAUGAGUUGCCUAAUACUCAAGAAAAAAAACAUUUGAAUGAAACUUGGUGUACAACUUCCGUUGAUAAAUAGAGUUCACUUUUGCUGGAUGAAGUGUGUUACGAAACGUUCUGUUAUAGUGUCAAUGUAGAAACAGUUUUGAAAGCACACAAACGAAUCACAUUGCAAUCGGUUAAAUAAAAUGCUUGGAUUUUCGAACUUUUGCUGGGGCAUUAA